CAGGGAUGAAACGAAGACGAUCAGAUCCUGCACUGGCAGACACCCAAUCGGCCGCCAUGUCGAUCUAUGCGUCUGCAGCACCUAUUACUACUACCAUCAAUAACCAAACACAAACAGUUUAUCCUUGUUUGUUUCCUAAUUGCGGAAAGACGUUUGCACGUCUAUACAACCUCAAGAGCCACUCUCGGACGCAUACCGAUGACCGACCAUUCAUGUGCCAGGUGUGUCAGGCUGCGUUUAGCCGUAAUCAUGAUCUUAAACGCCACGUCAAGAUUCAUGAUGGUGACAAGCCAUUCCGGUGCAUGGGUUGUAAUAAGAGCUUUUCUAGAUUGGAUGCUCUCAAGCGACACAAGAGCAACCAACGCAACAAGACUGCAUGUCUUCCGGGGACAUAAAUAUACUCACUCACAAACUCACACUCAAUCACUCACAUUCAGUCACUCACCAGCUCACUCAUAAGCUCACUCGCAAACUCACUCACAAACUCACACACAAAAAAGGCGGGCAAGUGAACCAAAAUAAACAUCCACAACCUGUAUAGUCGCAUGCUUCCCUACUGUCUCUUUUUAUCUCUAUCUCUCUCUAUCUUUCUUUUUGAUAAAGCCCAUUCCAAUGAUAAUCAUUCUGAUUCCAAAAUUCCAAAAUUCAAAUUAAUAAACACACACACACACCCACACACACACAC